UUUGCAGGCUGUUAUAAGAUCACUACAGUGUUCAGUCACGCACAGACGGUGGUCUUAUGUGUAGGAUGUUCUACAGUGCUGUGCCAGCCCACCGGAGGAAAGGCGCGCCUCACAGAAGGAUGCUCAUUCAGGAGAAAGCAGCACUAGUCUCUCAUUAACCAAUAUGCAAGGAUGAGGAAGACCACGGGUGGAGAGACAGGAUUGGCCACUCCACAGGGAUUUCAGUGACUCCGAGGCCGUGUUUCUGAUCUCUAACGGGGCAAUGGAGAUGAAAGCUAAACCGAGAAGAGUGCUAGAAAACUUCAAAUGUCAAAGUGCUGUCUGAACACAGAGCGUGUGAGGUGUAUAACCACCAAACCUGUCUCUCUCUCCCUCACUUACUUUAAAUAAAGGUUCAUUUUUCAUUUA